CAGCUCUUCAAUGACUCGACCUCAGGAGCCCAACUUGGGUAUUGAAAAAGACAGAGAUCUGGAAUCUCUCUCUUUUUGAUUAAUCAUGGCGUCCCUAAAAGCAGAACCAGUAAAUCCUCUACGGCCGUAUUACCGGCCUCCCACGAUUGAGCAGCAGGCCGAGCCGGUAUCGAUACCCAGCUCGAAUCCGUUUUCUGGUGGCAACAGCUACGAUGUGGCUAGCGGCGCCAAAUACGCCUCCAAAGCGAAGCACAUGCUCAAUGAUCUCGACUACAAGGGCUUGGUUGGCGAGCCAUCGCCAUCAGUCGUCGAAAGUGCCAGAGAACUCGUUGAUGAGCUGAUAUGGAAGUAUAUGUCCGUGUUGAUUGGGCAGCCUUUCGAGGUUGCCAAGAUGAUCUUGCAGGCUCGGGAUCAAGAUGAAAAAGCUGCCUUUGCCGUGGUUGCAGAGCCCGAGGCAACGCCUGCACCUCACGUAUCAAGUCGAGCUGGCUCGGCAUUUGAUGAGGAUUCCGACGGGGACGAGCCGGCAUACUUCACGUCCAACGAUCCAACCAUACCGAAUCCCUGGAAUCAGAACCAGCCCCAGCCUGAGAAGCGACCCAGCAGUCGGCGCACAGAGUCGCCUCCUCUGCAGUCUCCAACAACACUGAAGAAAGAAUCCGUUCUUCCUGAGCACUUUCUAAAUCUUCGCCGGCCCGACGCUAUCCUCGACGUCAUCGGGCAGCUAUGGCAGCGAGAUGGCGCAUGGGGGGUAUGGAAAGGGGCGAAUGCAACCUUUCUGUACACCGUCUUACAGUCUUUGCUUGAGAACUGGUCAAGAAGCUUCCUGAGCGCCGUCUUCAAUGUGCCGGACCUGGGGGUUAAAGACAGCAUUGAGCGGGUUGUUGACAUUGCGUCCCCGUACCCUUGGGCUUCGUUACUUGUGGCUGCCGCCGCGGCUGUCACAACUAGCCUUGCUCUUGCGCCUUUGGAUCUCAUCCGCACGAGAUUGAUUUUAACCAACCCCUUCAAGGGACAGCGAAGGACGAUUGCAAGCCUUCGAGCUCUUCCAUCUUACUACUGCCCUCCCGCCAUCGUCGCUCCUACCAUCCUCCACUCACUCAUCAACCCCAUCUUCACCCUAUCCACUCCCUUGGCUUUGAAGACCAAGUUUAUGGUCACAAGCGAGCUUGCGCCCAUGACAUUCUCCGUUGCCAAGUUUGUUGCCUCUUCAGUUGGAAUACUAAUUAAGCUUCCACUGGAGACUGUUCUGCGCAGAGGUCAGCUCUCCGUGCUCUCUGAGCCUGAGUAUUUGGAAGCUCUCAACGGCGACGAGCCGGCUCUAGAGACCAUUGUGCCCAUUGGAAAAUACUACGGCGUUUUCGGUACAAUGUACCACAUCGUCACGGAAGAGGGCAAUCGGGAGAUCCCACCCAAACCCGUAGUAAGCAAGCGAGGCAAACUCAAGACCAAGAACCUCCAGCCGACAUACAAGAAGGGUCAAGGUAUGGAAGGUCUCUGGAGAGGAUGGCGAAUCGGCUGGUGGGGACUGGUUGGCCUUUGGGGAGCCAACAUGGUUGGACACGGGGGCGAUGGUGAAUUCUAGACGAAAUGAAAAUGAAACACUAUAUAGGUCGAAACGGACUGUGUAUACCAUUGAGAAUUGGAAGUCGGGAAGAAAAGGGAAAGGACGAAGGGAAAGAUAUCGAUACACAUCUUCCAAGGGCGACAGAACAAAAGGAAACUCUCCGCUUCAAACGAAUUUUAUGCUGGGACGACGACAUCAUGACCAUACCUUCAUUCAUACGCAUGCACGAAUAGCCUUGAAAACUAUCCGUUCUUUUACUAGAAAGCAGAGCAUUUGGUAGUAUAUGUUGUCUAUUUUAGGAUUUUGCUCUGUAUUGCUGAUAUAGCGUAGAAUGAGUGCAAAUACAAAUACAAUUACACUUACAAGC